AUGCCCUUGCUGUACAAGGUAGUCACCACAUCCUCCUGCAGCGGCCGGAUCGCCAUAUUUCAUGGCUCUGCCGACACAGGUAAUUCCAAAGGCGGACAGUGGCUGCUGGCUAGCCACAGCACGGUGGAGAACCCUGGGAAGACCUGGGAGGAGAUACAAGAAUGGCUGCAAAGCCACAGUGGGCAAGAUACCCUUGGUACAUUGACAACGCUGCUGCUGGAGCCCUUUGUGCUGCAUGCUGAAUGUGCAGAUGCGGGUCUUGCUCAACACAUGCUCAGCGUGGCUCGGGAGGCUGGCUUCCGUGAGAGUGGCAUCAGCCUGGGGCGCAAACGUGUGCUGGUGCAGAUUCGCACGCUGGCCAUGAGGCUGGAGGUGCCACUUGCCAUGGAUGGCCAACUCUUGGUGGAUGAAACCUACUUUCAGACUCUCAUCAGACUUGCCAAUCAACGGUUGGACGAGAACCUGGCCCGUACAAACCGACUGUGGAUGAAGUUGAAGGAGGCCUUCAGCCGCUGCGCAGUGGCUGCACAGGAGCUAUGGGUUCUGGUGUGUGCACAGUUGCACGCGCGCUCGGUGAAACUGGCUUUGGAAGGUCAUGCGUGGUUGGACGACAAUCGCAAGAUGCAGCGCUUAGCAGGCGGCGAUGAGAAAGGGGCCGACGACGACUCUAUAGGCCUACCAUUGACUCCUGAGGGUGUUGAGAAUCUGAAGGCACUUGCAGAAACUGUAGAGGAGGAGAUGGCUCAGCGCGAGCCCGUGGUGGAGGAGACCAAGAUCAAUGACCAAGCUGACCAAGCUGCCCAACCCGCGCAGGGAAGCAAACUGCCCAAGCGCCAACGGCCACCAAUUGAAGCCGCCAACUUGGAGGCACUUUGGCGCCAGGGGUCGCUUCGGCUUACACAAGCAGAGCUUCCUUUGAAGUCCAGACCAGCACCGGCUUCUGGCUUGCACUCGGGUGCAAAGGAACGAAGUCUUGAACAGGUCCUCAGAAACCUGAUUGAUGAGCUGAAGCCGCCUUUGGAUGUAACCCUUGCCGACACUUUGCUCAAGGAGAUUUGUGAAAUGCCUUCCGUUCUGUGGCGUGGUGAUGUGGCUCUACUGACCAGAGGGGCGCUCACAGGCAGCUCCUGGGAAACAGUCGCACUUGCUGCCGAGGCGUUGCCUGGAGGCGGCUUGUGGGAGCGGUUCCGGCAGUGCUUGGGUGCCCGGAUGUUGGCGAGGCAGCAGGAGAUCCGGGUCGAUGACGAAGUGCGAGGAGGAAAUGUACAGGUACUUGCAGGCAGUGGCAGCGGAUGGGUGGUUGUGCCUGGCCCCAAAGGUGUGCGAUACAGCUUUGAUGUCACCAAAUGCAUGUUCUCGGAGGGCAAUGCCGGGGAGAAGGAGAGAGUGGCUACAUGGCCUGUGGAGGGAGAGACCGUUCUAGACCUGUACGCAGGUGCAUUCGCGCAUCCCCAUGCAGCUGCAGCGCAUUUGCCAAUCAGAGAUUGGACAAGCUGGAAGAAUUGGAAGACAUAUGAGGACAUCAGUUCUUUUCUCCCACCAGUUUUGUGCACAGUUUUGUGA